UGCAGUUUGUCCCACUUGGCCUUCCGUACGUUUUUGACGUAACCGCGCAGACGCGUCACGCACCUCAGGUGUAAACAAAACCCGACAAUCACUUCUUCAGUAUUCUGAGGCGUCACGCUGCUGGAUGAAGAACCAACUCCUCACCUGUAGACGAGUCUCUGACAUCAACCAGCAUGUCCAGAAAACAGACGGCCAAACCUGUGCGAAGCAACAAGAAAGGAGAACUGGAACGCAAGAGGGACGAGCGGGCGGCACGCCGGGCCUUCGUCAAAGACCGCAAGAACCGUCCUCAGGACGCGGACGAAGGGGCCGAGUUCGUCAGCUUCUCCAAUCAGCUGCAGGCGCUGGGGCUGAAGCUGAGGGAGGUGCCGGGUGACGGGAAUUGUCUUUUCCGGGCCCUCGGGGAUCAGCUGCAGGGACAUUCCCGCGACCACCUGCGACUUCGCCAAGAAACCGUCCACUACAUGACGAGCCAUCGACAGGACUUUGAGCCCUUCGUGGAGGAUGACGUUCCCUUCGUUCAGCACUUGUCCAACCUGUCCCAGCCCGGCACGUUUGCUGGCAACGACGCCAUUGUGGCUUUUGCUCGCAGUCAGCAGGUGAAGGUGGUCAUCCAUCAGCUGAACACGCCGCUGUGGGAGAUAAAUGGUUCAGAGAAGCAGGGGUGCAGAGAGCUGCACAUCGCCUACCGUUACGGCGAUCAUUACGACAGCGUGAGGCGGCUUGGAGACAACUCUGAGAGUCCUGCUCAGCUCCGCAUUGAGAAUCUUCAGCGUUCCCAUGGCUGUCAGCGCGAGUUUGGAGACGGACAGAGAGAAAGACAGAAAAAACCUUCUCCAUCCCUUUACUCCUCCUCUGAAGAGGACAACGUUAUCCUGAACUCCAUCAAGAACCGAGGAAUGCAGGGUGAUGAGGAGAACCUGCUCCAGCUGAGUGCAGCAACAAUAAAUGCUGAAUGGCUUGCUGGCUCUUUGCUGGACCAGCCCUGCCAAGGCCAGCGUGACUCUGAAUCAGCCUGCAGAGCGGACUGCGCCGAGCAAAAACCGCCACCAGAGGGCAACAACGCGCAGAAAUCCAAGGUGUCCAACAAGCAAAGGAAAGAGCAGCAGCGACAAGAGAAGAAGAAGCGUCAGGAGGAGAGGCACCGGCAGAAGUUCCUCCAGAGCAGAACAGCCCCGGACAAGAACCAGAACGUGCCGGACGCUGUGACUUUAGUGCCAGCUCUCAACACUCUCAGUAUUUAGACUGAAGUCUCUCCAAGUGUUCCUCCAGAGGAAAGUUCUACAGUUUAGCACAUGUCUAAGUCCAGCGGUUCUGUCGCAGCAGACGCUCCUCCUAAAGCGAGUCCCAUAGUUUCCUUCAGCAGCAGGACGUGCGUGGAAGCGGUCGGGACCGGACUGACCACUGAUGCUUCUGCUGGACUCUGACCAAUCCCGGUUUGUAGGAUUUCUGAUUGGUUCUUCUUUUGGUUCCGAGGCUUCUCUGUAGAACUUCACCGUGACGGGCGUUUGAUUCCCGCGGCUGAGUGGUGACCAACGGGAGUUAAUGGGAAUUUUAGAGGAAUGUGACAGUAUGGAUGAUUUGAUGAAACAUUUGUGAAUAUUUUCUGGGGGGGGGGGGCUGUUUUCAGAUGAGGACAUCUCUAUAAAAUAAUUUCCAGAUC